AUGGACUACGAGAACGAUCCAGGAUGGCAAUAUCUUCGUCGCUCGAGAGAGCAAAUGCUCGAAGAUCAAUCGAAGCCAUAUGAUUCGAAGAAGAAUUGCUGGAUUCCAGAUGCCGAGGAAGGAUAUUUGGCUGCUGAGAUCACUGCCACCAAGGGCGACCAAGUCACCGUUGUCACCGUCCGCGGAACUGAGCAAACCCUCAAAAAGGAGCUCGUCCAGGAGAUGAACCCUCCAAAGUUCGAGAAGACCGAAGACAUGUCCAACUUGACAUUCCUUAACGAUGCUUCCGUUCUUCACAAUCUCCGUGCUCGUUAUGCUGCGAUGCUCAUCUACAGAUGGUGUAUCGUGCGGCAAUAA